AUGUCUGCGGAGAGCACAGGACUGGUUCCAGGGCAGGACUGGGACCUGAACCGGGGCCUCUGCCCGAAGCACCAAGGCUCUGAAGUGGCUCUGCUGGCCGGUGUGCUGGGCGGCCGCUGUCAGGGCCACCACAUCCACCCCGCGGAGGGGCGCGCAGAAGAGCUGCGGGACAAGAUUGUGGACCAGGGGACACUGCAGUCACAGAGUGCUGGCACCACAAGUCCAUGCUGA